UCACGGUGGGCGGCACAGCCGGUUGCUGGCAACCUGCGUCCUAGACGCCAUGUCAUUCGUCCCACAAGAGGAUAACAGAGUGGCAGAUUCCAAGUGGGUGGUCCCAAUGUAUGGCACCAAAUGCAAGGAUGGCCGCUUUUUCUUCCUUUGGACGACAAAUUAUCCUAUUUUCUUCCACGUAUUUGUAUUUACUUUAUCUUUUCUUUUCUUUUUUCCUUUUUGCGGACUGAAAUCUUUUAAGCUUUUAUCUUUUUUCGAGACAGACAUAGAAAGAAGGCGCGCAACAAGCAGGGCGAGGCAUUUUAAUGCCGAUCCCAUGAUCAGGAAAAGCUUUUCAGAAAGGCAGACGAGUUCGAGUAUUCAAGGUCUAAAUCUCUGUAAUUUUGAUCGCGCCAUGGACAAUGUUGCCCAAAUUCAGGACUUGAGGAUAUUUGUAGCAACAUGGAAUGUGGGUGGCAGGUCUCCCAACAACGGCCUCAACCUUGAAGAUUUCUUGCAAGCCGAGGGCUCUUCCGACAUUUACGUCGUCGGGUUUCAGGAAAUCGUUCCUUUAAAUGCAGGAAACGUUCUCGUCAUCGAAGACAACGAGCCUGCGGCGAAGUGGCUCACCCUCAUCAGCCAAGCUCUCAACAGACCCACAGACCCCAACCGUGACAACGACUUCUCCGACUCCUCUGCUAACUCCGAAUCCAACAGCGCCCGGAGCUCAAAGGAUUCCAAGGCCCCGGGCAGCAGCAGCAGCAGCGGUCUCCUCUUCUUUCAGAAGCCGUCCCUCAAGGUCCUCAGCCGCAACUUCAGGGUCGACGGCCUCAAGACCUGCAACUGCAACUCUGAGUCUCCCUUGCAGCAGCGCGGCUCAAGGGAGCUCGGGGAGCAGACAACGGCCACCGCCGCCGUGUGGGAUGACUUUAGUGAGGAUGACACGGCGUCUUACUUCUCGGCCGCCUCCGAGUUCCCAUCCCAGAACCACCUCAGCUACUGCUUGAUCGCCAGCAAGCAAAUGGUGGGGAUCUUUCUAUCAGUUUGGGUCCGGAACGAGCUUGUGCCCCACAUCGGCCACCUCAGAGUGUCCAGCGUUGGUAGGGGGAUCAUGGGCUGCCUUGGGAAUAAGGGAUGUAUUUCAGUAAGCAUAACAUUGCACCAAACAAGCUUUUGCUUUGUCUGCUGCCAUUUAGCGUCGGGAGAGAAGGAAGGUGAUGAGCUCCGAAGGAAUGCAGAUGUCGCCGAGAUCCUUAAGAAUACUCAGUUCCCAAAGAUUUGCAAGGCCCCCACGCAACGGAUUCCUGAAAGGAUUCUUGAUCAUGAUCGAGUCAUAUGGCUCGGAGAUUUGAAUUAUCGGAUCGCUUUAAACUACGCGGAAACAAGGGAGCUGCUAGAAGAUAAUCACUGGGAUGCACUCCUUGAGAGAGACCAGUUGAGGAUUGAGAUGGAAGCGAGUAGAGUAUUUAGAGGAUUUCAGGAAGGGAAGAUAUUCUUUGCUCCCACAUAUAAAUACUCACGCAACUCUGAUGCCUACGCUGGAGAGACGUCCAAGUCAAAAAAGAAGCGUAGAACACCUGCCUGGUGCGAUCGAAUAUUGUGGUAUGGAGAUGGCAUCGAACAACAAACAUACAUACGUGGGGAGUCCCGGUUUUCGGAUCAUAGACCCGUGUGUGCUGUUUUCGUGAUUGAAGUAGAGAUGCAUAAUAACAACAGCAGCAACGACAACAACAACAAACACAACAACAACAGGGGAAGGAACAGCACGGGUGCAAGGAUAGAAAUGGACGGAUUCAUACCACAUAAGCAUACCUUUCACGAAUAUUGAAGAAUAUGAAAUAUUUGUACGUGUGUAUUUUUAUUCUUACAUGUAUAAGCCAUUUCAAAAGGAGAAAGUUAUAAAGUAGCCUUUCUUAGCAUUCAAGAAAAACAAAGCGCUAAUGUAGUCUUA